CCCGGCCGGCCGGCCGGCGGUCCCAGUCUGGGCUGCUGCCCUCCGCCGCCGCUCGCUGCCACGUCGCUGCCAUGGAGUGAGUCCCGCGGCGGCUGGGGGGGUAGCGGGAGCCGGCGCUCGCUGAGCACCACGCGGAGGGAGGAUGCUGACGGACAGAAUAAUGGAGGAGUUUGAGCUCCGGGAGGAUUCCUGGUUCCAGCAGCAGCGCGAUAUGGAGCAUGUCAAAGCUCCCUGUGGUAUCGUGCCUGGGAAAAAGGCCAUUCAAUCCAUCAAGACUGUGCCCAUCCUGUGUUCCAACCUGUACCUGGCAGCAGAACUGGGCAAGGCCCUGCUGGAUCGCAACACGGAGCUGGAGGAGGGGCUACAGCAGAUGUACAGCACCAACCAGGAGCAGCUGCAGGAGAUCGAGUACCUCACCAAGCAGGUGGAGUUCCUCCGGCAGACAAAUGAGCAACACGCCAAGGUCUACGAGCAACUCGACGUGACUGCCCGCGAGCUGGAAGUGACCAAUCAGAAACUAGUUAUGGAAAGCAAGGCGUCAGAGAACAAGAUAACGAGCCUGACGGAGAUGGUGGAGAGCCUGCAGUCUCAUGUGGACGACCUGCAGAGGCAGAUCGAGGACCUGAAGAGCAGGUCCCGGCAGGAGUUGGAGCAGCGCAGAGCGGUGCAGAGCUCCCCCUGUCUCAAGGAGCUGUGCGAUUUCCAAGGGUCUCUGGAGCAGGACCAGGCGCUGGCCGAGGAGCGGGAGCAGCUGCGGCGGACGGUGUCGUCCCUGCGGAGCCAGCUGGUGGCUGAGCGCCGGCGCACCGAGGAGCUGGAGGAGGAGCGGCGUCUGGUGCUGAGCGAGAGCGGAGGCCUGGAGCGCGGCCUGGCGGCUCUGCACGACUACACGCAGCGCCUGGCCGAGCUGGAGGGCAGCGUGGCCGAGCUGCGGCGCCGGAGCGCCGAGCCCCGCGACCUGGCCGGCCUGCUGGACAGGCUGUUGCUCUACCCGGAACCGGUGAGCGAGGGCCGGCCCGACAGCCCGGAGCCCGGCCCCGCCGACGACCCCGUCCGUGGACACGAGCUGACGUGCAUCCGGCGGGCGGAGGCGGUGCGGCGCCGCGGUGUCUCGCUGCUCAACGAGGUGGACGAGCAGUACAGCGCGCUCCAGCUCAAGUACGAGGAGCUGUUGAGACGCUGCCAGCACCCGGCCGCUGGAUUCUCCUCCCCCGGCAGCAGCCACAAGGCCGUGCAAACCCUGGGCCGGCUGGGCCCAGAGCCGGUCGCCCGCUGCAGCCCGCCCAGAACGCUGCUGGGGAUCGAACCCGCCUCUGCCGACAGCCAGCCUGAAUACAAGGCCCUUUUCCGGGAGAUCUUCAACUGCAUCCAGAGGACGAAAGAGGAGAUCGAGCAGAGCCGUGCCAAGUACAGGAGGGGCCGAGGGGCCGAGCGGCUCCCGUUGGAGGAGUGAGCAGGAGGGGACUGAAAACUACCGGUACUGUGGCAAUAAAUCUCACAGACUGGAAGCAAACCUCAUCUAAUUUAUUCAACAAAGACAAUUUAUUGCUUUGUUUACUUUUCAUUGUGGGGUGGGUUUGGGGGGGGGGGAUGAAGCCAUUUUGACGAGCCAGGUGACACACUUGGAUGUAAAUGUCUUUGUAAAUCCCUCUGGAGUGUGACUGGGAAUAGACUUUUCCUCAGAGAAAAUGAAUCUGGUAUUUUGUUUUAAAUUACAAGGUAAUUCCAAAACCCAAGAAUGAAAGCAGAAAUUGCUGUGAAUACUCGUCGUGCCGGCCAGCAUGGGUAGAUGGGGAAGUGGGGUGAGUGUUUCAGGUGACAGAUCCUCCAGGCUUGGGGACAGAGAAAAGUUUUAUAAUGCAGCGAGGGUGGGGCUGGAUGGGGAGGAUCGAGGAAAAUUCUGUUGGGGCGACACCUCGACUGUCCGAUGGAGAAGUCAUCGUCAAUCCAGUUAGUGGAGAGGGGCAGAUCAGGGCCAACAAAAGGGUUAGAGCUGUGGAUUGCAGGGUGGUGGGGCAGGAGGUGCCAGUGCAGAGGGGCACAGUGGGUAGUUCAUGGGCAGUGAGCAAAGGACAGGUAGCUUGUGUUGACAUUCUCCUUGUGAGGUAUCCGCCUGGACAACGGACCGUUUGUCAGAGUCUGUGCUCUGAGGGGCAGGUUGAAGAACACGGUUUUGAGGGUGUUUACAUGCUUGCCCACACCACUUUCAAGCUCCUGGUGAGAUUAGUCAGAGGUGCAGCCAGAGUGGUGAGUUGGAAACAAACCCGCAGUGCCCCCCCGACCAGACCCGGGAGGACUCGGUUUGGGGUCAAUGACUUGCACUUCCACGUGCUCGAACCUCUCCGUGUUUCCCUUUUUGUACAGCGGGGGGUGAGAGCAGCAGUAUGAAUAUUCCCCAGGCCGUUGCACAGGUAGUCCAGGUGCUCUGACCACGUCUGGCUGUAGAUGACAAUGACAUCUAGGUAGUCCAUCAGCUGCUGGUAAACCAUGAAGACCAAUGGCCAUCACUAUGAACUGAAACAGUUCAGGAAUCUGCACCCUCCGCUGUACAGCAACAUCAGCUCCUGUCUGACCGUCCGAUGACUCACUUCCCUCCCUCAUCACCUACUGGGCGAUGAGUGAACUGUCACUUCACAUCUUCUGUGUUCUGCCCCAGCCACUCCUCCACCUCUAGAAUUGAUCCUCUACAUCAGUCCUGCCCUCUUGGAAACUUUGUAUUCUUUCCCACUGCUGACCAAGGAUCUCCCACCAGAAACACGAACUCUCUCCACAUGCUGCUCGGCCUGCUCUGAGUAAUGCAAGCAUCCUGAUUUUUGUUCUGGUCACCUUUUGUGUGAUUGAGUUACCUUGGUGCCAGAGGGUAGGGAGGGGGUGAAGGGGGUCUCCUGUCGCAUUUCCCUACACAUCUCCUUUCAGAUGGUGUAGGGUGUAGUGAGGGUGAAGAGUUCCUAAGACACUCACAAGUGUGUUUGUGUAGGCACACGGGGAAAUCAUGGCCCCACAACCUCUGCAUUAUAGUCUGUGACCUCUUUCUUCCUAAGCUCAGCACACCUACUGCUGACAGCAGCUCAACAGUCCUCUGUCCUGGUCCAGUCUUCCAAAUUGCCCAUCCUAGUCUUGGUGAAGAUCCUUCCUCUCCCAGGGAUGAGGUCUUCAGAGCUUCUGUGGCUGUUCCUGUCGCUCUGGAUUUUAAUCGACUGGAGUUGCUAACCCCAUAUCCAACCCCCCCACAGGCUGGCUCAGGACUGGCCAAGUAAUGUUGGAGCCUUGCUCACGGGUGAAAUUACCACCCGUGUGCGUGCACACAACAAUCGGGCCUCGGUUUUGUGCAGGACAGCGUGCCCACAAGGAGAUGCUCUGCUAUGCGAGUAAAACUCCAGUCAUGGUGGUGCAGUCUUCUGUUUAAGCUGGUGGUUACCCCUUCAUCCUGCAAGUGGUGAGGGGAAAAAUGCCCCUGGCUCUGUUCUGAGUGUUGGAGUUAGACUGAUCACUUGUCGAGUAUGAUGAUCUCCUAAUGUGUUGGCUGUUGGCGGGUCCUCCAGUGGCUGAUCCAGGACCCGAGUGGGCAAGAGGGAGUGGUGGUCGGGACUCUUGAUGGUUCAGUCUCUUCUUUCACAGCUGCUGCUUGUUCUCUGUGGUGCGGUGUUGCUCUCCCCCAAACAGAUUUCCUCCGGCUGCAUUUGUUGAGCGUUGUUCUGAAUGUUCAGCACAUUGACCUUCCCUGCGGUCAUGAAACCGCGUAAUUAGACUGACCAACGUACGCGCACGCUGCAGGAACUCAGCAGGUCGGGCAGCAUCUAUUAAGGUGAAUAAACAGUCGCUGUUUCAGGCCAAUAUUGGUCAUUAGGACUAGAAAAGAAGGGGGAAUCUGCCAGAAUAGGGAAGGGGGGGGGGGGUGGUAAUUGGUGGAAGAGGUAAAGUGCUGAAAUAGGUGGCUAUUAGAGGAGAAUGGACUGUGGGAGAAAGGGAAGGAGAUGGGAAAGGAGGAGUGGGAUGGAGAAGAAAAGUUAGGGAAACUGAUGAUGUUGUCAGGUUGAAGGCUGCCCAUACUGAUUGAGGUAAUAAGAGGGGGAUGUGGUGCCGAUUUGCAGAUGGUAUGCUGGGGAAAGGAGUGGCACAGUCCAGGGCUUUGAGAAGUGAGGGGUGUGUGCAGUGUAGUCUGCGGGUAGCUGAAGGGAUAAUCAGCCCUUUUGAAAGUGGAGAGUUCCUACCUCACUGGACCAGAAAGACUCUCGGUUCAAUCCCAACCUCUGGUGCGGUCUGUGUGGAGUUUGCAUGUUCUGGUGCACCUGCCCCAGUUACUCUGGUUUGUACCUACAUCUCAAAGACAGGAUGGUUGAUGGAUGUUUGAAGAUCCUUCCUCUGGAGGAUGUUCUUCAGAGCUUCUAUUGGUGUAGCUCUGGAUGUUUAUGGGGUGGGGCUGUUGGCCCCCUGUGCAUAGCGAGGUUUGGCAGAGUUUGAGUGGGGAUUAAUAGGUUUUUUGGGGGGGGGGGGUGUAAAGGGUUCUGAUCGACUAUGUCUUGUGGCUACUCUCUCCUGGAGUGGGGAGAGGGUGUGAUGUGUAACCGUUUCUGUUAAAGAGGGAGGGGUAUUAGCAGCAGGUACUUGCCCCUGGGUUUGAUCAAACUAGCGCUUUGGCCCUGUUUGGGCAAGUGGGAGAGUCCCUUGUGAAGAUGAGGUGGGACUGGUCCACAGGCUUUAGUCUCAGAAUUGCCCCUCCUCCUGCUCAGUGACGGUGGGCCAUUGGUCUGAGCUGGAGGGAGCUGAUGGUGUCCUUUAGUGAGGGGAAUUCACAAUUGACGUGCUAAAUUCUCUUCACAAUGACAAAGGAAAAUUGUGUUCCUGCUGUUUUCUCCUCGAUGUUCUCCAGUUUGAAUAAACUGUUGCUCUGGUUUGUA